GUAUCAGCUGAUUUUGUAGGUUAUGAGCUUUUAUUGUUUUUGAGCAGAAGUGUUUGAAAAGUAAGUUUUAUUUGUAUUUUUCAUCUGUUUGAAAAAUAUGUAAUUCUAUACUGUCAAUAUAAUUUCCUGUUUUAUUCGAAAUCUAUCAAGAUAUUUUGGAUAAUUGUUUCUGAUUAUUACAAAUGUCCACUCGGUCCAGGUAAUUAUACACUAAGGGAAUAGCUGAGUGCUGAAAAAUACUCUCCAAUCUGCCUCGUUUCUCACAAGUAUAUCAUUAUGAAUCUUGUAAGAUUCUUUGGUAAAGUUAUUUGUAAUGACACUCAUUUAUUUGGAAGUAUCAGGCAAAACUAUGCUGUCACUAGAAAUGUACACACGUGCAGUGGUUUGUCAGCUCACUUCACGUUCCAUGAGCCAGAUCCGGAGCCGGACAAAUUGAGCACGAUCGAGCACAUACGGAGAGGGAUGACCAUGCUCAAGGAUGAGGUUAGGCUCUGGAAGGACGAAAUCACCGAAGCUGCCAAAACAGAUCCUCUUACCCUGUAUCCUGGUAAUGUCGACAAGGUAUUCAAAUUCAAUGAUGCGAAGGCUUCGGAAAGCUGGAUUGCAACUGCCGAUCAAGACAAUAAAGAUGGCUACAGCAAUUGUGAAUUCUUUAUUGACGAGAACGGGAAAGGUGUAUUCCAAGGGUUUCUCAACCUGAAAAUACCCAGUGAUGGAGAACGAACCAGAGCCGGAUAUUGCAACUUGAAGUCUGUCAAGAAGAGGAAAUCUUUCAAACGAGAAUCUAUAUUUGAAUGGGGCAUGUAUACACAUCUGGUGCUUCGGGUGAGAGGAGAUGGACGCUCUUACAUGAUUAAUCUCCACACUCCCGGUUAUUACGAUUUAUUUUGGAACGAUAUGUACCAGUUCGUGUUAUAUACACGUGGUGGCCCUUACUGGCAAGUUAGCAAGAUUCCAUUCUCCAAAUUCUUCUUGGCCAGUAAAGGAAAAGUUCAAGACCUUCAAUCCUCACCACCGUUGGAUGAUAUUUCGAAUGUUAGUUUAACCAUGGUGGACAGAAUCGAAGGACCGUUUAAGCUGGAAAUAGAUUACAUUGGCGUGGAAUUGGACCCUAAUCACACUGAAGAAACCGCAUAUGAAAUGUAUCAACUGCCAAGAGGCAUGGCUAAUUCGUAAAAAAUAUUCUAAUAAUUGGAUAAGAGUAAUAAUUGUAAAGAUUGUUGAAUUUUUAAACAUAAUAAAAUUUAUAAACACA